CCGAGUUCGCCAUUUUUACAGGGAAUUAUUCUUGCUCUUAUGUAAAUUUUUUUCAGUCCGUAUCUCAGAUCUACCCUCAAAAUCUCUCUUCACAGGGCUUUGAUUUAAUUUACAAGACAAAAUUCCUCCUCACCUAGAUGGCAAGAAAGCGUGAGAGUUUUGAAAGAAGGAAGAGGAGUUCAGACUGAUCACUACUGAUCUGGACUGACAGCAUCUUGGGUUUUCGGGCUUAGAAAGCAAGUAAAGACAUUACAUCAACAACUGAGCAACUUAAUAAAUGUUUUUGAAAAAUUUUCUGGGCCCAAUAUAUAAGAGAUAAAAGCAUUAGAAAAUUACUAAAGGCACUACUAUAUACCUCUUGACUUAGAUCUCGUAGCUGAACAACGAAAAAGACGAAAGAAGAUGUCUGUGUCUGAAACUGAGGCCUUGCGAUUAAGAAGGCGAUUGCGUUUUGUGUUUUCCACUACUUCGGGCUAACCAGAUAAACUUUGACUCAAGCCAGAGCUGCUUCGUUUGGUGACUCAGACUCGAUGGACAAUCCAGCUUCUGAACAAUCAGAGUCCCCAUCUUCUGCAGAACUUCGCUGCCAGAAAGCCGAAUUAUCUACUAUUAUUGAAGAAUACGAUAAUUAUUUCGAUACUGAGGGAGCGGCAAGAGAAAAUGAUGAAAAUGACGGUUAUUUCGUUCCCUUGCAAAAGAUGGAUCAAAUUGGAGUCGCAGAAGGAAAUAACGACGAACAGAUUAGACAACAGACUAAUAUAUGUUCAAGUUGUCGGAAGAAGCCGGAAACGCGGAACAGGAGAACUCAAGCGAAUCUAGAUUUGCACGGAAUACCACCAUCUUGUGUUGUAGAAGCAAAGAAUAAGCCAGAAACACGGAGCAGGAGAACUCAAGCGAAUCUAGAUUUGCACGGAAUACCGCCAUCUUGGAUUGAGGAAGCAAAGAAUAAGCCGAAAACGCGGAGCAGGAGAACUCAAGUGAAUCUAGAUUUGCACGAAAUACCACCAUCUUGUGUUGUAGAAGCACAGAAUAAGCCGGAAACACGGAGCAUGGAAAAUCAAGCGAAUCUAGAUUUGCACGGAAUACCGCCAUCUUGGGUUGAAGAAUCAAGGAAUGAACUCGAUUCUCUUUACAAGGAGCUAAAGAAUUUUAAAAAUGCAUUUCUGCAUCGCUAUUUUGCUCAAGGUCCUGACAAUGUACCACGUGAGGAAAAUUCAAACACAGCUGAUUUUACACAAGAGGUGACGAACUGUAAUACCGCUGAUUUAGAACCCCGCUUGGAAUCUAUAUUGAAAGCUGCCAAAAAAUGUAAACGCAUGAUUCCAAAACUUCGUAAUUUCUGUUUGAAACAAGAUGGCUCGGAACAGGUACAGGAACUCCAAAGCAAUAGUAACGCAAACUGUGCUUCCAAUACAGUCCACGAAAACCCUUCAUUUAAAAUAAGUGUUAAGUCUGAAACAGCUACUGAAGUCCACCAAAAAGGUGAUCAAGCUUCAUUUGAGCCUUUUCAUUUCUCUGAAUAUAAGAAGAUGGAUGUAGUUCCAAAUCAAGUAAAGGCACUUGAUAUGUUUGAUCCCGUUAAUGCAAUGAAUAAAGGUUACCAAUUGCGCGAUUUUGGAACUCGAACGGAAGGUGAGAUCGCUUAUUCAAACAAAACGCAUGGAUACUACGAUGAAACGGAUUCAGACAGAGCGCAUAGAUGCGACGAAACGGAUUUAAACAGGAUUAGAUACGAUAAAAGGGACAGUUUUGUAAAGAAAAAGCCUAACCUAGCAACAGCAUCAAGAGGUGAUAGAAAUUUCAACGUUUCAAGUACAACUGAUGCGAGGUUAAAGCGAGGUUGCAUGGCAACUCCGUCGAAAGGUGCCUCUGCCAAAUAUUCUCAAUCGUCAUUAAAGAGAAAAGCAGGAAUUUUUUGUUAUAGAAGGAGCACGCGAUCAUUGCGGAAAAUAGAGCCUACAAAUUUGAGUAAAAAAUACAAAAAUUAUAGCUAUAAUUUGGGAACAUACGAUUCAUUAACUCAAGGGUCCAUAAUUCAAAAUGAGUCAGUACCUAAAACUGGUAGCAGUCGUCGAAAGCACGCAAAAAGUGAUUCGAACACUAGAAGCGAAGGCCUUUAUGAAAAUCACGGUGUAGUAUCCAAGAAUUUCAACUCUAGUGAUUGUGGUAACUCUAAUGUCGGCGAAUGUGGAUCAUCAAAUCAAUCGAGUAUAGUUCGAAGUGAAUUAUUACCUAAAAUUCAUGUCAACAAUAAGGUGAUAUACCCAGAUAAGCAAGAGAUAAGUGGAACCGAGCCAAAAAAGUCUUAUGCAGACGCAGUCGCCUUUAAAAAAUAAAAUGUUCAUGCAUAAUAUAAAACAUUUCGGCUGACAUGCAAUAUUUUUUGCAAGCUUUCUAAAUAUUUUUAUCGAAGUGCUUUUAUUAUAAGGAUAAUUGGUUUUUUAAUCCAUAGAAAUUUUAAAGAAGAUUCCAGCAAUUUUAUCAUAAGUUUUGUAAUGAUUAUAGUUAACUUUAAUCAAGCUUCACAAUCAAUCAUCCUGUUUCAUCACAAAAUGUAAGCAUUUUAAGUUUGUUCAGUAUGUUAAUGUUAUUAAAAUGUCGUUUCCGAAAGAA